GGUUUGCUUUCCUGCUGCUGACCAGCCUUGACCACAGUGCUACCCUGCUACACAUGGCUGUGUAGAAUUCUGAGCGCUGUUUUAGUGGGAAGUUGCAUUGACAGAUGCAUCGAAGAUCCAGUUCAUUAGUUUAGCUGAUCUGAUCAUGACUGAUGAUGGGAACCAAUCCGUAGACCGGUAUAUACAGCAGGUAGAAAUAUAAACCAGGAUCUUAGACAAUUUGAAGAAUAAUUUUAAAUAUAACUGUGCUUUUUACCAUCGACAGGUCUUAAGCUAAUCUGUCAGUGGAAUCCACCAUCAAACACUUGCAUUGAUCUACACACCCCCAUUGUCCUCUACAUACAUGGUAGUGAUUUACAGCCUGUUUGAUUUCUGUUCUUAAUAUCUAUAGGCUCACAUAGUAUAGUGUUAUAAAAGAGCAAAAGUGAAACAACCCCCCUCACAUUCUACCAAGAAAAACACAAGGAUCGAAAAUAAAAGUAAAAAAUAAAUAAAACACAUCUUAGAACAGAAUCAGUUAGGGUUUCUGAUUUUAGGUUUUAACCAAUAAACACAUAUAAGACACCCCCAAUACAAAAAAAAAAAAAAAAAAAAAAAAAAAUUAAAAUGAAAUCGGUGUAUAUCCAAUGAAUACAAGAAAAACACUGGAAAUAGUUACUUGGUUCACAAUGACUUCACUCCUUUCCCCGUGCAGUUAGUUAAGCAAUGUCCCUCCUUCCUGGCUUGUAUCCAGCAUGGAUUCAUUCUGAAUACUUCAAACCCACCCAAAGUACAGCCAGCAAAUUCCUACAUUUCUGCAUGAGACUCAGCAGACAGGGAGGAUUGUACACGCUUGCGAGAUUUAAAAUGGACAUUGCAGUUAGAUAUUGAGGAUUGUUGUUGCUCACAGGAUUUAAAGCUAUAUAACAGUUAGAUAAGGAGGAUUGUACACACUCAUAUUAUUUAAAACAGGAUUACAAAUUGUGGACUAAAAAAACCACAGAAGGAUAUGCCCGUGAUCAUAAGAAAUUAGUUGUGGAAGACAGCAAAGGGAAGAAGGUUCUAGUGUGAGCUGACGUCAUGACUACAAGGCUAGUUUUUCUGUCUUUGGUAUGUGGGGCUGUGUCGGUGUCUGUGGGAGAGCAUCUUACUGCAUCAGAGGUUCCGCCAAAGCGUCCUUACUUUGUCGACUGCCGUUCCCCAGAACAGGAGACAUUUAGUUGUUGGUGGAGUGCUGGGGAUUUCCAGAAUCUAACAGGGCCUGGUGCGCUGACUGUCUUCUUUCAGAAAAAUAGAGAUGUUUGGAGGGAGUGCCCAGACUACAUCACAGCUGGUGAAAAUCACUGUUAUUUUAAUAGUACCUACACAUCUAUUUGGAUUCCAUACUGUGUCCAGCUAAGAUCACAAAUCCAGGACCUUGUAUAUCAUCAGAUGUGCUUCACUGUGGAUGAAAUAGUGGUCCCUGACCCCCCUGUUGGUCUGAACUGGACGCUACUGAAUAUUAGCCAGACGGGGCAACACUUUGAUAUCCUGAUACAGUGGGAGCCCCCUCCUUCAGCAGAUGUCAAGAAAGGCUGGAUAAGUCUAGUUUAUGAGCCACAAUACAGAGCUAUCAACAUGUCUGAUUGGAAGCCGCUGGAAAUUGAGAGAGCAUGCUACCAGUCUGUUUAUGGGCUGAAGACUGGCAUGGAGUAUGAAAUCAGGGUGCGGUGCAAACAGGCUGUUUCUGAAAAAUUCAGUGAAUUCAGCGACCGUCUUUAUGUGUACAUUCCUAAGGUGCCUACCAAAGAAGCCCUGUUUCCAUUUACAAUGGUCUUAAUCAUUGGAGCAGUGGGAGUGAUUAUAGUCCUAAUGUUCAUUAUUUUCUCCCAACAACAGAGGUUGAUGGUGUAUUUCCUGCCACCUGUACCAGUCCCAAAAAUUAUGGGAAUUGACUCAGAACUGCUGAAGAAAGGCAAACUGGAUGAGUUGAACUCUAUUCUCAGCAGCCAUCACACCUUUAAGCCUGAACUCUACACUGAUGACCUGUGGGUGGAGUUCAUCGAGCUGGAUAUUGACGGCUUAGAUGGGAGGUCCAAACACUCUGACACUCACAAACUGCUUGGCUCAGAGAACGUGAAAAGCAACUGCCUGAACAUCAAGGACAACUCCGGACGCGAAAGCUGUUACGAGCCGGAACUCCCUGACUCUGACACGCUCAACCGAAGCCAGGCCGAAGCCAGAGAAGAGAAGGCAAGCCUCCUAGACUCUGCCCAUUCGCAUACCACGGAUCCCAGGCCACCUGGCAGGAGCCACCCUGGAGCCACUGCUGAAGGAGCAAGAAGUCAUCCCCAGGUUCAGUCCCAGCUGAGCAAUCAGAGUUGGGUAAACCUGGAUUUCUAUGCCCAGGUGAGCAACAUCACUCCAGCAGGGGGGGUUCUGCUAUCGCCCGGCCAGCAAAGCAAAAUUGAAAAAAACGCAGAAGCACACGGCUCCCCCAAAACCCAAAAGUGCCAACUUCUCAUGACCACAGACUGUGCCUACACCUCAGAGAUGGAUGCGAAAAACAUAAAUGCCACACCUUCCCUUAGUGGGAACGAGCCAAAGAUUACAGUGAGCCCCUACACUGUGAGUGAAGCCCCAGCCAGCUCGGUUCCACCAGUCUCAGACUACACCACUGUGCAAGCAGUAGAUUCCCAGCAUAGCCUGCUUCUGAAUCCCUCAACAUUGCCCACCAAGGGCACUCCUAUGCCAGCUGGAUAUCUUACCCCAGAGCAGUUGAACAGCAUUAUGCCCUAAGUGUUUCAAAACCAGACGCAAGUUUGCUAUUAACUUUUUUGCUGUAAACCAAAACAUGCAGGAGACUAACACUAACUUCAAGCUUACUAAGCAGUAGCCAAUAAAUAAAACAAAUAGGGUUUUACUAGGUUUAACUGCUUGGUUUGUUAUUUACCAGCCUUAAAUGUGACACUAUCUUUAAAUGAAAUAGCUCUCAUUCAGAGGUCAAUGAGCCAUAUGAUUCUUAAAAUGAUUUAACAUUUUUUAAAAUAUAUAUCAACAAUUAUUCUGUACAUACUUGUUACCUCUCAAGAGCAUGAAUAUAGUAAUUAGAUUCCUCUUAAGGGGGAAAUAAAAACAAUGCAAUUUCCAGUGCAAAGCCUUUUACUCCUGCACUUUUUGGUAGAGGUUUGUGGAAAACCGUUUGCAAACAGUAGUGGUUAAUAGUAAGUUGUUGGCAAAGUGAAUUAUUGGCAAAAUAUCAGACACUUAAUUUUGUAAGGGUACCUGUUUUAUUUUAAUGGACAUCUUUUGAAGAUGAAAAUAAAGAAAAAACUAUUGGGUUGGGUCAGAGGGGUGGGUGUUGUAAAUGUACUCUUUCAAGAGUUCAGACAUAUCAAACAGAUCUAAAUAGAAACACGUGUUUUGAGGUUUUUUUAGUAAUGUAAUAUUGCAGUUGACUCAAAGAGCCCCACUGGUUUUUGGUUGUGCAUUGCAGUACUCUCUUGUAAGUUUGAUAUUAGAUCUCAGGGUGUAAAUUUUUUAUUUUGUUUUUUUAUUUAAGGAAGGUAUGUAACCUGGGGAGGGGUGAGGUGAGGGUGGGAGAAGAGGUUUGAGUUCCGGGGAGGGGUAGAACACUAUGCUGCAAUAGGGUGGCUGGGAAAUCAAUGUGGUGAUGAGGACGAGGUGGGAAAACUAGUGAGUAGGGUGGGAUGGAUUAGAGCUGAACAAACCUCAAUUGAGUUAAGAUGAAAUGACUAAUGUAAACAACUUGUAGUAUUCUUGAUAAUGUUUUUUUUUUUUUUUUUUGGAGAUUAAAGGCGCCUGUCUUGUCUAUGAUCUACCAGGGGUUCAUUUGUGAACAAAAUGGUACCAGAUCCUUAAUUUAAGGAAGAAAGAUAGCAUUUUUGUUUAUAGACCUAAUGUACUGACCUUGAUUUACAGAAGCAAUGAUAGAUAUACUUCAAGCUCUCAUCUGCUUGUAGGUUUCAUGCCUUAUUGUUGGUGUCAGUAGCUGCAUGCCUGCCUUUGCCUAGUCAUGUUUUAAAAUAGUCUUCUGGUUUGAACAGUGCCUGAGGCAGGCCAACUAAACUGAUGAACAGGACGCUGUUGUUGUUAAGAGCACUAGUUUUUUGUGCUUCUCAACUUGGGAUGUGUAAAUAAAAAAAUAAAAAUAAAAACCUAGUAAUUUCUUUCCCCAUAAAUGUCGAAUCCUAAAAUAUACAUUUACAGUACAGGAGUGCAUGUUUUUAUUGUACAUGUUAUGCAUAUAGAUUCCAUAAUUUUAGCUCCUCUGCUGGCAUACUGUUCAUCUCCAGACACAAGAAUUUGCUUGGAAUAGGGUUUAGCCAUUUUUUUUUGGACGUAUAAUGGUGUAAACUUGCCUUACUACCAUAUUACAGUUUUGCAUUUAAAAAAAAAAAAAAAAAAAACACUUUACUAUGUCUGCCUUAAGGAAACUAAAAUAUGCAACAAACAAAGAGCCCAUGGGAAAGCUGUUCAUUAGAAAUGUGGUCUGUAUUGAAGUACACGUAUUUGGCCUCUGGUAUCCGGUUUGUUUCAGUGAUUUAUUUAUUUAUUUAUUUUUUUGGGGGU